AUGCGUGGUCCGGGACUGACGUCGAUUUUGCUGUUGGCUGUCUUUUUUGGGGGCUCCGCUGCGGCCAUCUGCGAAUUUGCCGCCGGCAAUUUCCGAGUGCAAUAUGGGUUGAUGGGGCAGAAUAUUUAUUUCCAACUCGUCCUGGCCGGCGUUCCGAACACGAACGGGUGGACGGCAAUUGGUUUUGGUAAUUCGAUGUUCUCCGGCCUCGACGUCAUCGUCAUCAGGUUGCUGAACGGACGUGUGCACGUGACCGAUGAGUACGUACGAGGACACACCCACCCGUUCCCGGAUACGAACAGCGUCAGCGUGACCGCCGCCUCAUAUCAGAAUGGCAUGAUCAUGGCCCGAUUUUCGAGGCCGGUCCAGACCGGCGAUCCCUACGAUCAUCCGCUCGGCGGUUGCUCGACCUGGCAGUUUGCCACAAUCCUCAACCGAAUGGGUCCCGAUGGUUCGCUCUACCACCACUCAAUGCGCCCGGUGCCCCACGUCGUCUGCCUGGAGCAAUGCAGGAUC